CCCUCUCCUUUCCCCCUCCGCCCCGCCGUUGGGAGCGGCCGCCGCCAUGGCGGAGACCGAGGAGAGGAGCCUCGACGACUUCUUCGCCAAGCGGGACAAGAAGAAGCGGAAGGAGAAGAGCAGCCGAGGGGCCGCCGCCGCUUCCAGCGCCUCCAACGCCGCCUCUAAUGCCGCGGGGGCGGCCGCGGCGGCGGGCGGAACCCGCCCGGCUGACGGCAGCGGCUCCGGGGCCGCCGCCUCCAACGCCGGCUCCGCCAAGACGGUGACCAAGGUGCGGCCGGGCGGAGGUGGGGGGGUGAGAGCGGGGCCGCUCCGUCGGGGCGGCGGUGGGGGAAGGGUCACGGCUUCCUCUGCCGGCCCGGGCGGCGCCUUCCUGCCGGCAGGGGGCGCCGCCACCAAGGAAGAGGAUGAUUGGAAGGAGUUUGAGCAAAAGGAAGAAAUUGAUUAUAGUGGUCUUAGAGUUCAGUCCAUGCAAAUAAGUGAAAAAGAUGAUGAUGAAAGUGAAAAAAGAGAAGAACCUGGUGACAGCUGGGAGGAGACUGGCGGUGGUGUAGACAGAUCAUCUGGUCCUUGGAACAAGUCAGCUCCUGCACCAGCACCUGUUGUUGAACCAAUUGUUACAGAAACCCCAGAACCAGUUCAGACUGGUGGUGUAUACAGGCCGCCUGGUGCCAGGGAGGGCGGCAGGCCACGGAGAGCACAGCAAGGACCACCAGAAAUCUAUAGUGAUACACAGUUUCCAUCACUGCAGUCCACUGCCAAGCUUGUAGACAGUCGAAAGGAUAAAGAAAUGGAGAAGAGCUUUGAAGUAGUAAAACACAAAACUAGAGGUAGGGAUGAGGUAUCAAAAAACCAGGCACUUAAACUUCAGCUAGACAACCAGUAUGCUGUGCUUGGGGAUCAGUAGAGCUGCAUACACAUUACAAUUAAGGAAUGCUUUUUUGGUAACCCUUCUACUAAGGUAACUAAACUACAGCUAACGGCUAUGAUGAACAUGCCACCUUAUUUCUGCUGGAUCUACUGCAGCAAGUGCAGACUACUUUGACGUGAUUGGGUCUCCUGCACUAUGGAAGCAUAGUAUGUUACAACUUCUUCAUUGGAUAUGGGGCAAAUUAAUGUAAAUGAUUGAACAAGAGUCAUCAGUGUUCUUUAAUUGCUCAGAAAGAUACCUACAGCCAGUGGUCAUUUCAAAAUCUUUUUAUGUUCAGAUACUGAGCCUUCGUAAAGGUUGACUACCUCAGACUUGCUGCACUCAUUGUGGACACCAUGUGGAUCACAACUUCUGGAAGAGAAGGUUACAGCUGUUUUAGUGGCCACCUGAAACUUGAAACCAGCUCUACUGGAUUCCUGGCAGAAAUCCUGCAGAAGUCAGCCAUUUGGUUCCAAUUUGCUAUAACAAAGAUUUAAGUGACCUUAAUGACAAACCUAUUCUGUUCCCCUUCUGAGGAAUCCUGUCAUGUGUAGCCAUAGCCUACUAGAGACUUCUGGAGCACACCAUACCACUCAUACUAUCCAAGUAUAACAGAGCUGUAGUUUGUUUACCUUUUUAGAUAGCUGUACUGAAGUAAUUGCAAAACAAAUUAAUACUCAUUCAGUAUCAGAUUUGAGGAAUGAUGGGUUUGAAUGGUCUGUCUGCAUUAGCCAUUUUCACAGUUGUCUGUUUAAGCAUUUUUUCUUCUAUUCUCCACAAAAAAAAUGCCUGCCUUGUUUCUGGUAUCAAAUUGCAGUAUAUUUAAAUAACAAUGAGAUGUUAUAGUGAAAUAGGGUUUAUUUUGUUUUUCGUCAUGAGCUUUGUCUUUCUCACCCUAAAGCACUAAGACUUAAAGAGAUUUGAUUUGACACAGAGGUAUCCAGACUCCAACUAGUCUUCAGAAUUUGUCUUUUAAAAAUGAGAUACGUGCCAGUAGCAAUACUAGAUAAACAUUCCUCCUCUAUUAAAAAUAGUUAUUUGUUUGUUGAAAGGUAAUUGUUACUUGAUAACCAAAAUAACUUAGAAUGCAGAGGGAUAACUGAAGCUGGUAAGCCUUAUUUAUUUGGCUACUUCUGUGAAGCAUGCAGGCUUUUUGAGGCAGAAAUCCUCUAAGUAAAACUCAUAAAUGGUGUUCAUUCGAAGUCAGGAAGUUUAGUUAUAAUGAAAGGCAGUGACUUCUUUAAGUUGUCAUCUCUGACUUAAUUUAGUGAAAGUAGGCAAAAUGGCACUGAUACACUAAGACUAUAGGACACUGCCCAUAACUCUGAUUCGAUGAACGAAACCUGUCAAGUACCAAAAGUGUCCUGCUGUAACUAUUUUUCUCUUCUCUGAAUUCUUACACCAGAAGCAAAAUGAAGUACAAUAGUGGCAUGCUCCAGUGUUGAGGUUUCUCAGAGUAAAUGACAAAAAAUAGACCCAACAACUAUAAGAGUUGCCAAUGGCAAGAAAAACAAGGGAACAAAACAAAACUUGCUUAGGUAUGUGGGAGUACUGUAAGUGCAGAAGAUGAGGAUAGUGCAGGAAUCACAUAGUUGGGUUCCCUUUGACUAACUGCUGACUCGCUUUAAAUCUACUUCUCUGAGGCCAAUGGGAAUUUUGCUGUUGACUUCAGUGGGGCUGGGGUUUCACCUGGUUCUUUUGUGCACAGACUAAAACUGGCCUUGCCUUUGCAGAGUUAACUGUCUCUAAAACUUCUGCUAGAAGCUGCUAUUAAAGAGAGGGCUCAAGAGACUAUUCUUAAAGUUGGAGAUUUUAUUUGGAAACAAAACCCCACUGAAAGACUGAUCCCAAUCCCUUGGACUCUGAGCCAUGUAUCUUCCUUGAAAAUACAUUGUUGCCAGCAAAACUGUUGAUUUGUUACUAAAGCUUUCUGUGGAAUUCAUGGUAAAUGGACAUGUCACUUGAUGUGGUAGAAACAUGAAAUCUUAAAACACUUUUCCUGAUGCUCUGAAGCGAUUGAAAUCACCAGUGCGCAUGAAUUGGGUUUUAGUCUACUGUGUGAAGGGUAGAUGAGACUGUCCAUUGUACCAUCUUUAUUUGAGAUUUUGGGCAUGAAUUCUGGCAGUUCAAGAAAACCCUGUAACAGUUGCAAAUCAAAUAAAAUGGAAAUAUACAUGGA